UCAGCACGGGUAGAUCAAUGGGAAAUUAAAGUUUCCCUAACUUUAUUGCCACUUUAUAGUUGGCAGUUGAUGUCACUUUUUCAUGAACUUCUUAGAAUUAGCUAUCACUACUAUACUUCUCUUGUAUACUAUAAUAAGUUACAUAGAGAAAAUAAACCUAAUUAACACAUCCAACGAGCUGAGAGCUUAGCUAAGCUAGCCAUGGGAAGACCACCUUGCUGUGACAAAGAUGGCAUCAAGAAAGGCCCUUGGACCCCCGAAGAAGAUAUCAUUCUCGUUUCGUACAUUCAAGAACAUGGUCCGGGAAACUGGAGAUCUGUACCUACCAAUACAGGGUUGCAAAGGUGCAGCAAGAGUUGUAGGUUAAGAUGGACGAAUUAUCUUAGGCCAGGAAUUAAACGAGGCAACUUUACUUCUCAUGAAGAAGGAAUGAUUAUCCAUUUACAAGCAUUAUUGGGUAACAAAUGGGCUGCAAUUGCUUCUUAUCUUCCACAAAGAACAGAUAAUGACAUCAAGAACUAUUGGAACACCCACUUGAAGAAGAAACUUAAGAGGUUUCAAUCAUCUUUUCAUCAAGAGCCACAAAAUCCUCUAACCUCAUCUUCUCUACACAAUAACAAAUCCAUCAACGACGACAAUAAUCAUAAUCAUAAUAAUAACUACGAGAAUAAUAGUGCUGAUCGCAACAAUAUGGUAACACCACCACAACCACCAUCCUCAUCAUCAACUUGUUAUGCCUCGAGCACCGAGAACAUCUCAAGGCUUCUCGAAAGUUGGAUGAAGUGUUCACCAACUUCCAAACAUAAGUUGGAAGUUGGUAACAAUCACGACGACAACAACGACGACGAUAACAACAACAAUAAUGAUAAUAAUGAUAUUGCUCAUGAUGGAUGUGUUGGUGACGAAGAAGAUGAUCAAUUCGAGUCAAUGUUGUCGUUUGACAACCUUAAUAGUGAUAAUAAGGUUGGCAUGGUCACUACUACUACUACUGCUUGUGACGACUCUACUGAGGAGGAUUCUAACGAAGGUGUAAAGGUACACGAAAACAUGGAUUACAUUGAUGACGACGAUGGAAAUAAUCCUCCGUUAACAUUUCUAGAGAAAUGGCUUUUGGAUGAAUCUACUACAUCUCGUCAAGUAGCUCAAGAAAUUUUGCGGCUACCAUCUAUUUUCUAAUGAAUUAUGGUGUAUGCAAAAUUAAUUAGCCUAAAGUAGUAAUUAUAUAUAGUUUAAGCUACAUAAAUUAUGAAUUGUAACGCAUGAUUAUUAACAAUAAACAUGUUAAUUAGGAGGAGAUCGAGCAGCUCUUGCAAGUUGUAAAAAAAUGCUGUAAUUUUUCUUUAAAUUAGUUUCUAAUUGAUGAAUUGAAUUAAGCUUAUUAUAUAUUAUGAU